GUGUAGGGGAGGCUUGUCGCGUUGUCGUGUGACAAGUUGUGCCUGUCGCACAACUGUCUUGACCAGCAGCCCGUGACGCGUAGCCAUCUCUUGUGCCUGUCGCACGGUUCCUGUUGUCAUCCGACAGCGUGGCGAAGCACCCCCCCGCAGGGAAGACGAGUAGCGACCGUGACAGGAAUUAGGGUCUGAUCCCACACUACAUACGGUAUGUAGUUUUAUGGAUUUUUCGAGAUCCCACAGUGCUCCGGGGUAGUAGGCGGCACCGUCGACUUCGGAGGUGAGUGGAAACGUUUGUUGUCGUGGGGUCUGGGAGUGAUCGGUGGCGAAAAAGUAGUACGGAAAUGUGAGGAGUGCUGGACCCCUACCCGUCCGCGAAAACGCUGGAGUAGCUUUUUUUCCCCGCCUUCUUGUUUUUUUUCCCGUCACUCCCUUUCCUCCGUUGAUCCGCCACCCUCCCACAUUAUUGCGCCGCGAUGCCUGUAAAAGGGCCAUUCUUUUCGGAGUUGUGGGACGCAAUUUUCCUUUCACGGUCCGUCCGGAGCGGGCCCAGCUUUUUCGUUACUUUUACGGAUUCCGUUUCCGUAUGUAGAGGAGACAGGAUGAGGUGGAUCGGCAGCAGCAGCAGCAGCAGCAGCAGGAGGAGGAGGAGGAGGAGGAGGAGGAGGAGGAGGAGGAGAAGCGAAAGAACUGGGGUGGGGUGGGGUGGGGUGGUGUCACGGGGGUUGGGGGGGGGAAUAGACAAGCAGACAAGCAGACAGGCAGAGGAGGGGAGAGGAGGGGAGAGGAGGGGAGAGGAAGUAGAAGAAGCAGGAGAGGAGAAAGAGCGCUUCGGAGGAUGAGCGUCAUGGUGAUGACGAGAGUGAUGAUUAUGCUUAUGAUAAUUAUGAUGAUGAUGGUGAUGAUGAUGAUGAAUUAUGACGAUGAUUAUGCGUCUGAUAAUGAUGAUGGUGAUGAUGAUGAUGAUGAUGAUGAUGAUGAUUAUGCGUAUGAUAAUUAUGAUGAUGAUGAUGAUGAUGAUGAUGAUAACGAGGAGGAGACGGCGACGAAAGAAGAGAAAGCGGCAGGAGGGGAAAAAACGGCGACAAAGAAAAACGAAUAACGGAGAUGACGGAAAGAAGAGGAUGCCCCCUAACUGCCAUAGCCACAUGGUGAGCCACGUGGUUAGCAGUUUGGGUCAGCGUAGCGUGGUGAGGCACGUGGUUAGCCUAGCCGAUUGGUCGUCGACCGUGCGAGUCCCAUGAGGGAGGUCGUGUGUUCGAUUCUUCUUGAGAAACGAUCAUGGAUGAUGAUGGAAUGUAAGAAAUUGGAAAAUGGAGUUCUUCUUCGGCACGCGGGCUUCAUCGUCGUCUUCACCUUUCAAGAAUUGCGCUUCGGCUUCCAUAUCUGUCGUCGUCAGCAUCAUUAUCUCAUAAAAUAAUAAAUAAAUAAAAUGCAUCAACAUAA